UAUUGUGUCUGGUUUCAUCCAUCAGAUGUCUGUGAUCUCACACUGGACCCAAACACAGUAAACAGACUCCUCUCUCUGUCUGAGGGGAACAGAAAGGUGACAUGUAGGCGAGAGAAGCAGCCGUAUCCUGAUCACCCAGAGAGAUUUGAGGUCUGGCAGCAGGUGCUGUGUAGAGAGGGUCUGACCGGGCGCUGUUACUGGGAGGUAGAGUGGAGUGGGAGUGGGGCUGAUAUAGGAGUGACAUAUAAAGGAAUCAGCAGGAGAGGAAGGGGUUAUGACUGUGUGAUUGGAUGUAAUGACAUGUCCUGGAGUCUGGACUGCUCUGACAACAGUUACACUUCCAGGCACAAUAAUAAUUCCACAAUAGACGUCCCCUCCUCCAGCUCCCACAGAGUAGGAGUGUAUCUGGACUGGCCAGCCGGCACUCUGUCCUUCUAUAUAGUCUCCUCUGACACACUGACCCACCUGUACACAUUCCACACCACAUUCACUGAGCCCCUCUAUCCAGGGUUUUAUGUUCGGUAUGACACCUCAGCAUCCCUGUGUCAGGUGGUCCCUGUGUCAAACACAACAUGAUGAUUCACUCUAAUCAAGGUCAUGUUCAGUAAGACACACUGGAGCAACAAUGUAGAAUAUCUCUCUAGUGUGUAAACCCCUCAAUCCAGGGUGUU